AGGGGCAGCAGGUGAAAUCGGAGAGCGAAAAAACUGACACGCUGCCAGAAAAUGUGGGGCUCGUCCUAACCUGACGUAAGCAGCACCAGCAUUAAUAACUCCACCAGCCCCAGUCCAAGACAGUGGUCCUCGUAGAGGAGAUGUCAUCUAGAAGAAGAUGCCUGAGACUGGUAAAGCGCAAAACAAUUUGGUUUUAGCGAAGGAAUCAUUCUGGGUUCAAUGAAUUUAAAAUUCCUAACCAGUGAUGAGUUGGCUCCUGAUGUGGAUACUUAUAGCAGCCGGGACUCAGCAGGCCCAAUCCCAGAAACAAAGUUCUACUGCCAUGCUGCCCCUGGCCGAACCCACCGACCUGGAGCCGUACAACCGCACCCAGUACUGCCACUGGCCCUGCGAGUGCCCCCUGGUGCCCCCCUCCUGCCCCCCAGGGGUGAGCCUGAUCACGGACGGCUGUGGCUGCUGCAAAGCCUGUGCCCAGCAGGUGGGAGAGGGGUGCAAUGAGGCGGACGCGUGUGACCACCACAGGGGACUGUACUGCGACUACAGCUCAGACAAGCCUAGGUACGAAAAAGGAGUGUGUGCAUAUAUGGUCGGCACCGGCUGCGAACAUGACGGUGUCAUUUACCGUAAUGGCCAGAGCUUUAAGCCCAGCUGCAAAUACCAGUGUCUGUGUGUGAACGGGGCCAUCGGGUGCCUGUCCCUGUGUGCGGACUUCCAGCCCCCGCGGGUCUGGUGCCAGAACCCCGUCAGGGUCAAGAUCCCAGGACGCUGCUGUGAACAGUGGAUCUGUGACGAGCCCAGGAAGGGGAGGAAGACCGCCCCCAGACACGCAGUGGAGGAUCUUCCUGCUGAGGUUCAGGGCCGAAGCAGGAAUUGUGUGAUCCAGACAACCCCGUGGACCAUCUGCUCUAAGACGUGUGGCAGAGGGCUGUCCCUGAGAGUCUCCAAUGCCAACGAGAGGUGCGAGAUGGUCAAAGAGUCGCGCCUCUGCAACAUACGGCCCUGUGAUGUGGACAUCACGCAGCAUAUCAAGCCAGGUAAGAGGUGCCUGAACACAUACAGAGAAGACCGUGCAAAGAAUUUGACCAUCUCCGGCUGUGUCAGUAAGAAGCUUUACCGGCCUAAAUACUGCGGCGUCUGCAUGGCCACGGACGAUCGCUGCUGCAUUCCGUACAAGUCCAAGACCGUCACCGUGGAGUUUGUGUGUCCCAGCGGGGCCGUGUUCACCUGGCAGCUCAUGUGGAUCAAUGCCUGCUUCUGCAAUCUCAGCUGCAGAAACCCCAACGACAUAUUUGCAGAGUUGGAGAAUUUCUACGGCUACCCUGAGAUCGUCAACUGAGACUUUUCAAUUAUCACCCACAAGCUGACUACAUUUGCAUUUUUAUUUCCAUCAUUGUCCUUUUUUUAACCAGACAUUUUGUGAUUUUCCCACACAUUGUUUUUCAGUUAUUCUUCCUAGUUCCGACUAGCACGUGAACACAGCAAAAAUGCACCGCCCUAGUCGGUAAUUUCCCUCUGCAUUCGUGGAAAUUACUGUAAUUGUAAACACUGCGAUUGGAGGAUCAAACCUAAAUUACCUUUCAUUUUAUGAAGCGCUGUGGACCCCAGUCAGCUGGCCACAAGUAGUUGUUCUCACGUGAUUACACAUGAUCCCCUGGCUUAGCCACAGGGCCGGCUCCAGGCAUCAGCAACAGAAGCGGUUGCUUAGGGCCUCCGACUGCAAGGGAGCCCCCUACCGAUAGGGUAGAGGGGGCCCCCCAAAAGGCUAGAGCCGGCACUGCCUAGCCACUACAAUGCAGUCAGCGACGAAACAAACUAGUAAAAAAAAAGGUGCAUUGCUGUGGAUUUAAGCCCCUGACAAAUAUUUUCCUCACAAGGACACCUUUUUCCUGGUCUUUUUCCCCCAUUGGAAAAAUAUUUACCAUAAAAUGUCCCUGUUGGCUGUAUAUGCAUGCUUUGGGAGCAGGCUGUGUGUAGUGACUUCAAGUAAACGCUGGGAUCCAUUUUGUCCAUAUCACAGAAGUAGCCUACAGUGCAGUAAAAGCACAGUUUAAAUGUAAAGGUAAUAACUGAUUGCGUCAACAAACGCAUUGUUGACCGGGGAUGAGGUCUCUGCAGAGGGCCAGAACAUUGCCUCUAUGAACAAGCCACGUCUGAGAUAUUUUAAUAACAUUUAUUUAUUGAAGUAAACCCUCAAAGGACAAACAUAUUACAAACGCACAUAUUUUAUACUCAUGGUAAAUGUUUCGCUUGGAUGCUGAAUUUGAAGUCAGAGAGAAUAUUGAAUGCACGUCCUAUGUUAUAUUUGGUGAAAGAUCAGUCUCAGGGCAUUAUGGUAUAAUUGCCCAACAAGAUAGCAUUCAAAUAGCAAUCAUGGAAAUGACAACAAAAACACUGAAAAAGUUAUGUUUUAUUUUUUUAAUAAAUACAAUUACACCAUAUGUAAUGCUUCUCAUCUACAGCAUUAGGCAGUUGCGCAUCCUUAUAAAGUAGUAUGUCCUACAAAGCCGGCGAUCACUUCUGUAGUGUAGUGCAAGUUAAAAGUGGGAGAAACUUUCUGACAAGUUAUAUGGUCAACUCUAUACUGAUAACGUUAUGUGCGUAUGUAUCUCUGAAAGCCAUCACGACAAAGGAACUCUAGUAAGUCAGAGUGAAGAUUUCCAUGGCACAUAGUCUUCGUCCUGCCGUGCUUGAUUGCAUAGAAAUAAUCAUUUGCAUACACAAAAAAGAAAUAUCCAAAUAUAAAAAUGUUGCCUGAAGUCUUGAUCUGUUAAUAAAGCGAUAUGAUGCAAAAAGCCACUUGAUUUAGGUUUUUGUGUUUUAACGAGAAGGAUAUUCUCUUGGAAUGUUGUAGAAUAGAAUGGCUACGAUCAUUUGAUUCCAGACUUGCCAGGACUGAGUAACAGUGAAUUCUUUCUGACGGCUGUUAACUCAAAAUGGAAAAAACUAAAAAAAAA